ACAAAAUCGAAAUUUGUUUGAUACAAUUGAUAAUAACAUAAAUUCUUAACAAUAUUUCACUCGCACACAACAUAAUGGCCUGGAAAAUGUAUUGUUUUUGUGUUUGAUUUGCCGUUUGACACACGGAACGCCGUCUGCAGUUGCCGCCCGUCAGUUACAUAACGUCCGCAAUCGCGUCAAAACCGCUGUUUCACCGCAGCUACCGACGACGAUUUUCGGUGAACACACGGCAGGCGCCGCAUAGGGCAGUUGGGCCGUGCGCGUGACGUUCUUGUUGUAGCGGCCCCGCCGGCACACGACCGAAAAGCGACGCCGACUAGUUCGCCCGUCGCCGAUUUUGCACUUUUGCGACGCACCGAAGUCCACUCAUCACCUCCUCGUCGACGCUGGGCACGAGUGAUAUCGUUAUGACCGCUACCACCACCACCCCGUAUUCCAGAAUGUAUAGUUAUGGACAAUAUGGAUCGUCUUCUAAUAGAUAAAUGAGUGCUUUCCUUUUAAGAUCAUGUUAAGAAACAUAAAAUUAAUGUUGUUGAUUUCUUGAAAAUGCCGAUAUCAUUUAAAUGGAUUGGAAAUUUAUUACUGUGGGAAAAUUGGUGAUGCCGAAUUCCAAACUAUGUUUUGUGUUGGUGUUAUUGCUAAUAACUACAACAUUAAAAUGCAGUUUAGCGAUGUCAGUUAUAGCUAAAUACCCACAGAGUACACAGUCAGAAUGUUUUUCAAACCAUCUACUUCACAUGGCUGUAGACAAGAGUUUAGGGGGUCGAGUUUACAUUGGUGCAGUAAACAAAUUGAUACAACUAGAAGGAACCAAUUUAACUGUGGAGACAUGUACCAAUACUGGUCCACUCUCAGAUAGUCCACAAUGUCCAGCAAGUGGCUGUCCAACCUCUCCACCCAUUGAAACAUCACUUACUGACAACUAUAACAAAAUUCUAAUCAUCGACUUGGAAUCUCGAAUGUUAAUAGUAUGCGGUUCUAUUUUUCAAGGAGCUUGUAACAAGUAUAAAAUGUCAAAUGUGUCAUUACCAGCACAAUUUAUUCCUAUGAGUAUUGCUGCUAAUACAGAACAAGCUUCUACAUAUGCUUUCAUUGGACCAGAACAUUAUAAUAAUUGGGGAUAUUCAAAUGUAUUAUAUGUUGGAACCACUUUUACUAACAAUGGAGAUUAUAGACAUGCUGUACCAGCAAUUUCAAGUCGUAGUCUUUACACUUUAAAUUUAGCAGAAACCUCGUUUUUAAAACAAUCUUCACUUAACAUCAACGUUAAUUAUCGUGACCGUUUCCUUGUUAAAUAUAUUUAUGGAUUCAAUUCAAGUGAUUAUGCAUAUUUUGUUGUUGUUCAGAAACAUUCACCAUUACCAGGACAAGAAGAGUUAGGAUAUGUUACUAGAUUAGCCAGAGUUUGUAUUGAUGAUGCCAAUUAUGAUAGUUAUACUGAAGUUACAUUACAAUGUAUGGUAAAAGAAACAUCCAACUCUGAUGAUUUAGUGAAUUAUAAACUUGCUCAAGACCUAAAGCUAAGUAAUGCUGGUGAAGACUUAGCAGCCAGUCUUGGUAUUGAUACUAAUGACCAGGUCUUAGUUGGAUCUUUUUCUCCAAGUCAAGGUAUUACCAAUGAACCAAUGCCUAAAUCAGCAAUAUGUGCAUUUAGUAUGCAAUAUAUUGAAUCUAAGUUUAAUGAAAACAUUCAUAUGUGUUUUAAUGGUACAAUCAAAUAUCGUAAUAUGCCAUAUGUUUCUGGACUAAUAUUACAAGGAAAUUGUCCAACUGCAGGGUCAACUGGAAAUAUUUUAAACUUUUGUGAAAUUGGCUUAAAAAUAUCAGGAACAGAACCAAUUACUACACAAGCUGCAAUCAAUUUUCCCGAUCAUCUUAUUUCUUCAAUAACAUUAGCAACAACAGAAAGAAAUACUAUAAUUUUUUUGGGAACUUCAACAGGAGUUCUUAAAAAAGUAUUGUUAUCAUCUGCAACACAUGCUGUAAAUUAUGAAGAAUUAGUCUUGGACAAUGGAAAUGCCAUAUUACCAGAUACAUCACUUACCACUAAUGGAGAACAUUUAUAUGUAUUAACUCGAAGCAAUGUAUUGAAAGUGAGAGUAGAGCAUUGUUACAGUUUUACUAAUUGUUCUUCGUGUUUGGAAGCAAAUGAUCCUUACUGUGGUUGGUGUUCUCUUGAAAGAAGGUGUACUAUUAGAAGUACUUGUCAAAAAGCAAGUCACAGUUCACCACGAUGGUUAUCACUUGGUACUGGUCAACAAUGUAUUGAUUUUGAACAAAUUAGUCCAGAUCGGAUUCCAAUUCACCAAAUGUCAAAGUUACAACUUGCAAUUAAAACACUACCAGAAUUACCUGCUGGAGCAAAAUAUCGUUGUGUUUUUGGUAAAAGUGAUCCAUUAGAUGCAGUUGUUACACAAUUUGGAUUACAGUGCUCAACUCCGCCAGUUCAAUCACGUCCAAAAAUUCCAAAAAACCAAGAUCAUAUAUAUGUAUCUUUGUCAGUGAGAUCUUCUGAAACAAAUAAGGACUUUGUAAGCAGAAAUUUUGCUUACUAUGAUUGUUCAGCUCAUACCAGAUGUAUGGAGUGUGUUAAAUCUCAAUGGGCUUGUAAUUGGUGUGUCUAUGAGAAUAAAUGCACAAAUAAUAUAUCUAGUUGUCAGCGUAUUAUUAUUAGUGGUGAAAAUAAUCCUACUCGUCUUAAAAGCCAUGGUGCAAUGUUUUGUCCACGGUUUGUGCAGCCAGCUCAAAAAAUAUUAUUACCUAAUGGUGUUCCUAAAGAAAUAGUUUUACAAGUAGAAAAUUUACCCAACCCUCAAGUUGGACAUACAGGUUUUCAAUGUAUAAUUAAUAUUGAAGGAGCUAAACUAAUGGUUCCUGCAAGGGUAGAAGAAAAAUUUAUCGUCUGUGAUAAGACUACUUAUUCAUAUGAAACUAAUUCUGGAGAAUAUGAUGCUAUGGUCAGUAUGGUUUGGAAUAGAAACCAUCAUGUUGAUACGAUAAAUGUGACAUUAUAUAAAUGUGAUAUUCUUGGAUCUCAUAGAGAACAUCCUGACUGUUCAUUAUGUGUUACACGAAAUCGCAAAUAUCAAUGUACUUGGUGUUUAAGUACUUGUGUGUAUUCAGAAACCUGCUUAGAAACAUCUAGCAAUGAAUGUCCAAAACCAAGAAUAGAUAUGAUAAAACCUCUAAGUGGACCAAUUGAAGGCGGUACUUUGGUCACUAUUGAAGGAAGUAAUUUAGGUCUAAACCGAGAAGAUGUUUGGGGGAAAAUCCAUAUAGGUGGCAUUUUGUGUCAUUUAGUUGAUUAUGAAGUAUCUGUAAAAAUAGUUUGUAGAACUGGGCCAUCAAAUACUGAAAAGAUUGCUUCUAUUGUUGUUGGAAAUAAUGCUGGUCUGACUGAAUCAUCUGUACAUUUCAAUUAUAAGAGUGUUCAAUUGGAUAAAGUAACUCCUAGCAUGGGACCUCAGAGUGGUGGUACACUUUUGGCCAUUAGUGGACAUAAUUUAAACAUAGGAAGCUCAGUAACUGCAUACCUUGAUAAUUUCCCAUGUACAGUCAAUACAACUCAUGCAUCAAGCACAAGACUUACAUGUGUGACUUCAGCAGCUAAUAGACCACUGACUGUAAAUUCAAUGCAUUUAAUUAUUGAUGGUUCCAAUAGAACAUUAGCCAAACCUUUCACUUAUCGAAGUGAUCCAACCGUUGCUGAAAUUAAACCAUUAAUUAGCUUUUUGUCUGGAGGUAGAAUGAUAACAGUUCAUGGUACAAAUUUUGAUAUUAUCCAAAAGCCAGAAAUGGUUAUCUAUGUUGAUUCUGACUUCCUCCAUCCCAUCAAUAAAACUGAAUGUGUAGUUCUUAAUUCUGCUCAAAUGGAAUGUCCAUCCCCUUCUGCUAACGGCCAAUUCUUAAAAAGUAUUAAGAGUUAUCGAAAACGAAGAAGACACACUACAAAUGGGAAAUAUUUAGAUUCUUAUUUGACUUUGAAAAUUGGAUUUAUCAUGGAUAAUGUUGCCGCUGUCAAAGACUUAGAAAAACAUUUGAAAGUCUUACAGUCACAAAUUGUGUAUGUGCAAGAUCCAAAAUAUUUCCAAUUCUCAAAUACUAUUAAGUCAUAUAAAGGCGAUACAUUAGUUAUAGAGGGUGAAAACUUAAAUUUGGCUUGUGAUGAAUCUGAUGUUAAUGUAACUAUUGGAAUGGAGGUAUGCAACGUCACUUCAUUGGCUAAUACUCAACUAGUUUGUAUUCCCCCUCAAUAUCAACCACAAUCUAUUGAUGAUUUUGGUUCACCUACCAAAACAGGAUUACCUUUGGUUGUGGUUCGUGUUGGUAAAAAACUAAGAUUCAAUGUGGGAUACUUACAAUAUGAUGUGCUAUCAACAUAUUCAUUUUCGCCAGAGGCAAUUGCUGGUGCUGUUACAAGUGCCUUGUGUAUAAUCAUAAUUUUUUUCAUCAUAUUAUUUUUAUACCGAAGAAAAUCCACACAAGCUGAAAGAGAAUACAAACGUAUUCAAAUUCAAAUGGAUACAUUAGAAAGCAAUGUUCGCUCCGAGUGUAAACAAGCUUUUGCUGAAUUGCAAACUGAUAUGACUGACUUAACUGCAGAUUUAGAAUCUUCUGGUAUACCUACAUUAGAUCACAAUGAAUAUAUUUUAAAAGUAUUUUUCCCUGGUGUUCGAGAUCAUCCUAUUUUGAACGAAUCAAAAGUUGUUAUUGCCGGAUCAACAACAAAUUAUGAUGCUGCUAUGAUGCAAUUUGAGCAGCUUAUAAACAAUAAACAUUUUGUAUUAUCGUUCAUUGAUACUCUUGAAUCUCAAAAAACUUUUAGCAUUCGUGACAAAGUCAAUGUUGCUUCAUUGCUUAUGGUUGUUUUAAUGAAUAAAAUGGAAUAUGCAACUGACGUAUUGAGAAGUUUGUUACUUAGACUAAUUGAUAAAUCAGUUAUGUCUAAACAUCCACAUUUAAUGCUUCGAAGAACUGAAUCUGUUGUUGAAAAAAUGUUAACUAAUUGGAUGGCACUCAACAUGUAUAAGUAUCUUAAAGAUUAUGCAGGGUCAUCAUUAUUUUUACUUUAUAAAGCCAUUAAACAUCAAGUCGAAAAAGGCCCAGUUGAUGCCUUGACAUAUGAUGCCAGAUAUAGUUUAUCCGAAGACCGUUUACUUCGAGAACAAAUAGACCAUCGAGUUGUAGUGAGUAUAAUUAAGAAAAAAAUAAAUUGUUUAAUCAUUUUAAUAAUGUUAAAUAAACUACUCUCGUUUAUAUUUCAGAAUUUAUAUGUUAUGCAAGAUGAAUUAGAUGAUAAAGUGCAAUGUAAAGUCUUAGACUGUGAUACAAUUAGUCAAGUUAAAUCUAAAAUUCUUGAUGCUGUUUAUAAAAAUACAGCUUUCUCCCUUAGACCAUCUGUUUAUGAUGUUGAUUUAGAAUGGCGUCAUGGACGAGGAGGUCAUCUUACACUUCAAGAUUAUGAUGUUACUACCAAAAAUAUAUGUGGAUGGAAAAAGUUAAAUACCCUUGCACACUAUGGUGUAAAAGAAUCUGCUGUAAUGACCCUUAUUCCACGCCAACAUGAUACAUACAAUAAAUCUUGUAUGCAAUCGUGCCAUAAUUGUACUUCUGGAUACUAUUCUGGUCCUAUUAUAUCAACAACUAAUGGAGGUAUUGAGACCAGUUCUAGUUCCACUGGCACUGUGUAUCACUUAAUUAGAUCUACUGAUACACAGCAACAAUAUCAUACAAAUAAAAUGCCAGAAAGAACCCAUAAGGCGAUUCCGGAGAUAUUUUUAACUAGAUUAUUGUCUACAAAAGGAACGAUUCAGAAAUUUGUUGAUGAUUUUUUCUCAACAAUUUUAGCAGCUAAUGAAACUCUCCCACCAGCUGUAAAAUGGUUAUUUGAUUUGUUUGAUGAUGCUGCUAAAAAAUACAACAUAAUUGAUCCAGAAGUUGUUCAUUCUUGGAAGUCAAAUAGUCUUCCAUUGAGGUUUUGGGUGAAUUUCAUUAAAAACCCAGAUUUCAUAUUUGAUAUUGACAAAACUCCUACGGUUGACUCUUGUUUAUCAGUUAUUGCUCAAACAUUUAUGGAUUCAUGUUCAACUUCUGAUCAUCGAUUAGGCAAAGAUUCACCAUCAAACAAACUUCUUUUUGCAAAAGAUAUACCUCAGUAUAGAGAGACUGUAUUAAGAUUCUACAGUGACAUUCAAAAAUUACCUCAAAUAACUGAUCAAGAAUUAAGCACAACUAUGCAGCAGUUAUCUGUUUCUCAUUUCGGUCAAUUCCACAUAGUUUCUGCUUUGAAAGAACUAUAUAUUUAUGCUUCUAAAUAUAAUGAUGCAAUUUUAGAUUCAUUAGAAUUGGAUCCAUAUUGUCAAAAGAUUAAUCUCAGUCAUAAGUUAAAUAAGGUGGCUGGGACACUUGAAGGUGAUGAAGCGGCCAUAUGCUGACAGUAGACUGAUUAUAUACUUGCGACUCUAUCCUGUGAUAAUGAUGUUUUAAUGUGUACAGAUUACGUAGAAAUUAUAUUGACUUUUUUAAUAAUAUUUAUAUACAUUAUACAUAUAUAUAUAUAUAUAGAUAGAUGUAAUGUUUUUAAUAUUACUUGCUAUUUUAGGCAAACCUGAGUUUAUGAUUGACCACCAAAAUCUAUACGACUUAAUACUUGUUAGGUUGUUAUAUUAAUUUAGUAGUUAUUUCAUUGUUGAGCUGAUCAAAACAAUUUUAUUUCACUAUAACACUAAAGACAGGCCUUGACUUAUGUACAUUUUUCAAUUUUUAUAACGAAAAACUAAAUAAAACAACUUAUUUUUAUUAAUAUUCCCUUAUUUUUUAAGUACUAAUUUUUAGAU